AUGCAAACCUUGCGGACACCAUUCAAUCAGGAAAUACCAAGGGCAUUCAGUUAUCAAGACCGAAAUGGCAAAAAGCAAUUUGGUGGUGAAAAUUUACAACUCCUAACGGAUUUCGCACGUUUACAUGGCAUGCAACUGGAACUUGUACCGCUGCUGGACUACAAUAUCGCCAAAGUGCAGGGCGAUAUUGAAAAGGGCAUUUACAAUCUCUCCGUACACCGAUCAACAUUCUACAAUCCUUUGGCGAACAUAACCUUCAGCUAUCCCCUGGAAAAAUCGAAAAUUUGUAUAAUGGUUCCCGCCGAGGCGGAGUUGCCGCGCUAUUGGUAUUUGGUGUGGCCAUUUGAUGUCUACAUUUGGCUACUCUAUAUUCUGGCUGUACCCUAUGUGGCCCUGUGUUUAUCAUGCGUUAGAAAACCGAAAAGGAAUUUUGGAGCCAACUGCCUAGCCAGUUGGGCCUUGCUGUUGUUCAACUCAAACAGUCAUUUGAGAUUGGUCAAUAGCUCCACACACCUGCAAGUUGUGUUUAUCUUAAGCACAUUUUUGGCAUUUAUACUCUACGGCUAUUACAUUUGCUAUUUGACCAGCUAUAAUAUGCGUCCUGUGUUCCAACCAUAUCUGAGCACCGUGUCGGCUUUAAUCGAAGCAAAUAUGGAAAUCCUCACACCCAAACAUAUAUCAACCGAGUUGGAUAAUAAUCCCCAUGUCGAUCUGUCAUCCGUUCACGCCCUUAUGGUCAAUGCAUCCUAUCGCGAUGUUGCCAAGCUACUGAGUAGUCAAACGCGUUCCUAUGCCUUUAUUGUGACCCAUGACGAUUGGCUGUUUUUGGAGAAAAUCCAACGGCAUUUGAUUCAGCCCGUCUAUCAGAUAACGGAUAUUUGUUCUUGUGAUAUAUUCACCAGUUAUCCGGUGCGAAGGGAUUCGUCAUUUGCCGCUGCAUUGGAUUUCUUUAUUCUGUUGGUCCACGAAGCGGGUCUGUGGCAACAGUGGCAGGAGAGAGCAUUUCAGGCCCUAACCAAUUCAAAACAAUUUCAGGUGUUAAAAGAUUCAUAUCCGGUGAAUCCUCUGGAUAUUUUCUAUUACAGAAUCGCUGAGGCACGGGGAGGAGGUGGUGGCGGUGGACAUGGGGGUGGAGGCGGUGGUAGAGGAGGUGGCUUUGGUGGCGGCGGCAGAGGAGGUGGAUUUGGUGGUGGCGGCAGAGGAGGAGGAUUUGGUGGUGGCGGCAGAGGAGGUGGUUUUGGUGGUGGCGGCAGAGGAGGUGGUUUUGGUGGUGGCGGCAGAGGAGGUGGGUUUGGCGGCGGACGCGGCGGUGGUUUUGGAAGAGGUGUUGGAUAUGGCUAUGGUGGAGGCUUUGGUGGCGGCGGUGGCUUCGUACCUCCCUUUCGUCGUCCAUACCCCCAUUACGGUGGUUUUGGUUUCUAA